AUGGUAAGACUUACAAAAGCGCAAAUACAGUUUUAUAAAGACAAUGGAUAUCUGCAUUUAAAAAACUUAAUAAAAGGAAGAGAGCUAGAAAGACUAUCAGAAGAAUAUGAUAAUUUGUUUCAAAGAAAAAAGGACUCUGCUUUAGAAAGCUCGUGGGUGGGAACAGAUGGAGAUCGAGAAGGCAAAUCAGAAUUAACAGUUAAAGGAAUUCACAAUUUACAAAUGCAUCAUGAAGUGUUCGCAAGAUAUCUCUAUAAUGAGGAUUUAUUGGAUGCCUUAGAAGAUGUUAUGGGUACUAAGAAUAUUGUAUUACAUCACACAAAAGCGCAUACAAAGCCACCUGAAAAAGGAGCAUCCUAUGCCAUGCAUCAGGACUAUCAUUAUUUCCGUUAUGAAAAGCAUUCCAUGGUGGCAGCCACGUUAUUUUUGGACGCCUCGAAUGAAGAGAAUGGUACAUUAUUUGUAUACCCAGGUUCUCAUAAACUUGGUCCUUUAGAAGAUAUUGGAGCUAAGGAGGGUAGCGACUUUCAUUAUCUCGAUCAGGAGAAGUAUCCAAUCGAAAAAGCGACGCCUGUUAUUGCGGAUCCCGGCGAUGUUCUAAUAUUCUCCUACUUCACGAUUCACGGCAGCCCUCCAAACAGAUCUACCCAGAGUCGCCGCAUUUUACUUGUUCAAGUUGCAGACGCAGAUGACAGACAAGUCGAUGGCUUUCCUGAUAAGCCAUGCCGUGGACUUGUGUUGCGUGGCGUCAAUAAAUUUAAGGAUGCAAAUAUUUUCAGGAGAAAUCAAUAUGACUAA